CUAUUGACGUCCCCUGUCCACUGAGAGCAGCCGUCGAUGUGCCAGCCUGAGACUGCUCCUGCUGGACCAGCGAAACCGAUUCUCGAGGCCACGACGCCUCUCCUCUCGCUCUUCCUCGACGCUCGACUCCCAACUCCGCCCUUUGACUCCUCCACCCUUGCCUGUCGUGCACCACUCGUCGCUCGCAUCGCCGCCGUCCGUCGUUUCCUUCACCCGGCGCGUGUCGUUUCUCGAGAUACACUCUGCCGCUCCUCGGCACGCACGUACGUGGCGCCCAGCGACCCCUGCGCCUACUUGUUCGUGGUGGGCUGCUCGAGAGGCCAUCUGUGCUCUCUACCCUCUCCCGCACACGGGGGGCCACGAAACCGGACCUCGGCCGCUCAGCAUCCCGGCGUUGACCGCUGCGCCCGUCUUUGCAGUCAUCCAUGUUUUAGGUUCGAUUGCCUGCGGUCCGCCUCUGCGCAUCUCCCGGACCACUCGCCGCCUCUGCCAUGAAGGCCUCUUUUCUUGUCGGCCUCGCGGGCCUGGCCGCCGUGGCCCAUGCCGCGCUCCCUCGAGACUACGACGAGAACGACUACUACGUCCUUCACAUCGACCCGAACACGCCCGUCGCCAGCGUCGCCGACCGCCUUGGCCUCGAACACGAGGGCCAGCUCGGCGAGCUCGUCGACCACCACGUCUUCCGUUCCGCCAAGGCCGAUGACGAUGUCGUGCGGCGGGAGAUCCAACACAGCCGGCGGCGGAAACGCGACGUUGCCGGGCGAGACGUGCUCGACGGCGUGCUGCUGUCGCAAAAGCAGGCGCUGCGCAAGCGGCUGGAGAAACGGGUCAUCCCUCCCGCGCCCCCGGGCCUCCCCGUGUCGCCUCGUGCGUUCGGCACGCCCGUUGCCGCGGCCGUCCAGCAGCAGUCGAGCCUCAUGAAGACGCUCGACAUCUCGGACCCCAUCUUCACGGACCAGUGGCACCUCUUCAACACGGUCGAGCUCGGCCACGACCUCAACGUCACCGGGCUGUGGCUCGAGGGCAUCACGGGCAAGAACGCCACCGUCGCCAUCGUCGACGACGGAAUCGACAUGGACAGCCGCGACCUGCGCGACAACUACUUCGCCGAGGGCUCCAAGGACUUCAACGACCCCGACCCGAACCCGAAAAAAGCCGCCCCGCCCAAGCCGAGACUCUCGGACGACCGGCACGGCACGCGCUGCGCCGGCGAGGUCUCGGCGGUCCGCAACGACGUGUGCGGCGUCGGCGUCGCCUACGACUCCAAGAUUGCCGGCAUCCGCAUCCUCAGCAAGCCCAUCAGCGACGCCGACGAGGCCGACGCCAUGAUCUACAAGUACCAGAAGAACCACAUCUACUCGUGCUCGUGGGGCCCCCGCGACGACGGCAGGUCCAUGGAGGCCCCCGGCGUCCUCAUCCGACGCGCCAUGCUGCAGGGCAUCCAAAAGGGCCGCGGCGGCCUCGGCUCCAUCUAUGUCUUCGCCAGCGGCAACGGCGCCGCGAGCGACGACAACUGCAACUUUGACGGCUACACAAACUCCAUCUACAGCAUCACCGUCGGCGCCGUCGACCGCGCCGGCAAGCACCCGUACUACUCGGAGCACUGCUCCGCCAACCUCGUGGUGACGUACAGCAGCGGCAACGGCGACUCCAUUCACACGACAGACGUCGGUGAGAACAAGUGCGCGACCGGCCACGGCGGCACGUCGGCGGCCGCCCCGCUCGCCGCGGGCAUCUUCGCGCUCGUCUUGCAGGUACGCCCCGACCUGUCGUGGCGCGACCUCCAGUACCUGGCCAUGGACACGACGAGGCCCGUGGCCGAUACCAACGCCGCCUGGCAGAGGACCGCCAUCGGCAAGCAGUACAGCCACAUCUUUGGGUACGGCAAGAUCGACUCGUACGCGCUCGUCCAAAAGGCCAAGACGUGGGAAAAGGUCAAGCCGCAGGCCUGGUACUUUUCCCCCUGGCUGCAUGUCAAGAAGGCCAUCCCCGAGGGCCGGAACGGGCUCAUUGUCGACUUCGAGGUCACCAAGGACAUGAUCCGCGACGCCAACCUGGCCAGGCUGGAGCACGUCACCGUGACCAUGAACGUUGAGCAUACGCGUCGCGGCGACCUGAGCGUCGACCUCAUCAGCCCGGCCAAGGUGGUCAGCCACAUCGCCACGGCCCGCAAGGACGACGAGCACGCCGGGGGCUACAACGACUGGACAUUUAUGAGUGUCGCGCAUUGGGGCGAAACCGGAGUGGGCAAGUGGACGCUGGUCGUGCGCGACACCAAGGAGAACCAGCACAACGGCACCUUUAUCGACUGGCACCUGAAGCUGUGGGGAGAGUCCAUCGACGCCGACAAGGCUACCCUGCUCCCCAUGCCCAGCGCCGACGACGAUGCCGACCACGACAAGAUCCUGUCCACCGUCACCCCUCCCGCCGCCACUGCGACCAUCAGCGUGGCGCCCGAGCCCACCCACGAAGAUACCGUCACGAAGCCCACGGACCAUCCCGAGAGGCCGACCAAACCUGCCGCCAAGCCGUCGCCCGCCGCCAGCGACGCCCCGCACGCCGAAGCCACCACCUCGGCCGCCUCGUCCUGGAUCGACAAGUUCCCCACCUUUGGGGCCUCCAAGACGGCCCAGAUCUGGAUCUACGGCGCGCUCUUCCUCAUCGUCGUCUUCUGCAUCGGCCUCGGCAUCUACCUCUGGGUCGCCCGGCGCCGUCGCCUCCGCAACAGCCCGCGCGACGACUACGAAUUCGAGCUGCUCAACGAGGAGGAGCGCGACGGCCUCAACCCGGAGAAGGCGGCCGCCAAGAAGGGUCGACGCACGCGCGGCGGCGAGCUCUACGACGCCUUUGCCAUGGGCAGCGACGACGAUGACGACGACGACGACGAGUUCGACGCGUACCGCGACCGCUCCGCUGAGCGGCUGGCAGGCGUGGACGAGGCGGACCGGUACGUCGUGGGCGAGGAGAGCGACGACGAGGCCGGCGGCGUGGACGAGAAGGCGGCCGAGAGGCGGCCGUUGGGCCAAGGCGGCCGUGAGUGAGGGACCCAAACAACAGGGAAAGGGAGGGGACUGGAAAGAGAAGGACGGCCUGGGCGGCUUUGCAUACAAAGAGAGGCCAGUAGGCAGACAGGCGGGCUGGCGGGCAUGCGGGCCGGCGUUUGCAUUAUGAAUAGAUCUUGGUCAAUUGUUUCCCGUCUAAUGUGCAGUUUCGCUCAGACAAAGUAGAGAAAGGGG